AUGGGGGGUGCCGACAACAACAAUGAGGCGGGCGGGAAGACAGGAUGCGGCAAGUUCAAUAUCUUUUGCAGGGGCAACAGAACAAAUGGAAAAGGCCGAAACAAUAAUGGCGACGGUUGGGACAAAGGAGGCGGAAAGGAAAAGGACAGCGGGAAUGGCGACGGCAACAGCAGUUCUAGACCUAAUAAACCGGAGAGCACCACCAUAAUAUCGCCAACCCCGGGUCCAACGUCGCUUUCGCUGGUUUCCGGACAAACUCAGGCUCCAACUCUGUCUCUCCCGGCAGACCUUUCUCUCAGCUCGAUGGAGUCAUCUUCACUCAAGGUUUCUCCAUCCUUUACAACCAGUUAUGUCCCUGAAGCAACCAAACCGAACCAGGCAACGUGGACACCUGAGGAAAGCAAUCAGAAGAGCAGCGCUGCCUCAGUCAAAAGAAACCCGAGGCAAGCGUGGUGGGAUAUUCUCAGGGCCUUGAAUGAACCAUCAUCGGUAACAGAGAGGACCAAGACUGUUGCAGAUAGCGAGAGUGUCGGAAGCCUCUGCUCGUACGAAAAGGUGAAUGAGUUGCUGCCUCAACCACACACGCCGGGUAUCGAGAUUCAAUACCAGCAGCCCAGUCCUGUUCAUCAACACUGCGGAAGUCCCUUACCAUAUGCGACAUUUGCAAAUUUCGUCUACCCGGCAAAUAUCGCGGAUCCGCGCAACUUGGCACCUGCCGCGAUGUACUCUCAUCAGGCCGGACAAUUCAGCACUUCCUCCAACCGUUCACAGGAUGGAUCUCUCGGGACGACACUGGUUUCGAACGGAGCAGGAGAAAUACAGUAUGUCAACCACCUUGAUUCGAAGCACCUGAUAUCACCCUGCAGUCCAUUCCAAGGUCCAGGCCAACGCAUGAGCGAUAUGUCCUCGCUCUCAUCCGGCUUUGGCGACGGAGAGUUCAUCAUGCGGGGACAGAUUCUCCAGCCACCCCUACCGGCCGCCAUAGCCUACCCGUCUUCGCCCACCGGCACUACAAACCGAUUCUCUGAAUUAUCAACGCAGCAAGGAGGAGGUAAAAGGGACACGAUGUAUACGGAGGCCAGCGAAGACACGCCGGCACGUUUCCGAAGUCUGAAUUCGUGGGUUGCUCAGCAAAGCAGCCGUGUCAAUCGCGGACAAAAGCGGGACGAGGCUUCAUAUCUGGCUUCGGUGCCACAACUGCCAUGUCAGCCUGGAGUUCCUGGCAUCCAUAAUCCGCUGGUCGAGCAGACGUUUAAUUUGAUGAGGGAUAACGAGAAGCCGCGGCCAGUGGAGGAGAUAAUCAUCCAGAUGCGAUUAUGA